AUGACGGAUUUGGAAUCACUCUCCGAAAAGGCCCCUCUACUCCAGAAAGAAGCCAAGGAAAAGAAGAAAAAGUGCAAAAAGUUUUGUUUAUGUUGUAAGAAGAGGAGGGUCGAUGAGUAUUAUCAACAGCAAAGCGAGCUCAUCGAAGCGUAUCGUAAGGAUGACAAAGAAAUCGCCUCCCCAGACGCUACAGCUAAGAAGGAGGACGAUGAAAUAAUAGCAACAAUUCUAACCGGUGGCGCUUCGCUGUCUAUCGUCAGUACAUUGCUGGAAAGUGUUGUUGAUAUAACUGGUGGUGCAGUCCUGUGGUAUGCCUCUCACUCUAUUGUGCAUACGGAUUAUCGACUGUAUCCGCGAGGGAGGAGUAAACUGGAGAACCUCAGCAUCGUCAUUAUCGGAAUUGUAAUGGGAAUGGCGAAUUUCUAUAUUAUCUUCGGGUCUGUGCAAUCGGUGCUUGAUCAGGCGACCUCACCGGGCCUUGAUCUCAUCACUUUGGGUCUUAUGGUUGCUACAAUCAUUCUUAAAUUAAUUAUGUGGAUAGUGUGCUAUCGGAGAGGUACCACUUCCAGUAAAGUGCUAGCCAUCGACCAAAGAAACGACGUUCUUACCGUCUCAGUGGCAAUUAUCGGUGCAACAACGUCUAAAUACUGGAAGUAUGCUGAUCCGCUAGCAGCUUCAUUGAUCGCCACCUACGUCGCAUUUUCUUGGAUAAUGGUGGUGUUAGAACAAUUCCCGCGGGUUAGCGGACGGGUUUGCACGCCGGAAGAGUACAGUCGCGUAGCCCGGAUAUGCGUCGAACACUCCCAACAUAUCAAGGGGCUAGAUACCUUACUGGUUUACCAUACCGGAGAACGACUCCUCGUCGAAGUUCAUGUUGUUGUGGAUCCAGAUUUGACAUGUCGAGUAGUUCAUGAUGAGGUAGUCUCCCCGCUGCAGCAUAAAUUAGAAAAGAUGUCGAUCGUCGAGCGGGCGUUCGUGCAUGCUGAUCAUGAAUUUGACGGAUAUGCGCCU